AUGGCUGACAACGUGCCUUCGGGAACUGAGUAUCGCGCCGGCAGGAAGGAGUCGGUCUCGUCGACCACGUCGACGACAAGCACCACCACAGCGCCGCCGUAUCGCCGGUCCUCCCAUGCGCUCUUCGAGACUCUGCAGGCCCAAAAGCGCAAAGACGACCCCGUUUCCAUCGCCCGCCGUCAGAGCUUGAACGAGCAGCGGCCUGUGGGCGGCGUGGUCGCACAGUUCUGGAACAGGUAA